CAAUUUCAUAUCCGGUUAAAGCGAUGUUUACAAUGCGGACGUUGGACAGCUAACUAAUGCUAAGUAUAAAGAGAGAGAGCUGCAUUCACAUCUACAACGUGUAUUAGAACCACUUCGCUCACCCCAAAUGGCAUCUCAGAUCCCCAUAACCGUCAGGGCUCAGCCGGCAGCCAACAGCUCUGCCGCCCUCCGGGGGAAGAAACGUCCCGGUAGUCCGGCAGUGUCUGCCGCUCUGCAGGUCACCGGGAGCAGCAAGAAGAAGAAAGGGCUGCAGACAGCGACACCAACAACACUGACUCAGAUAACAGCAGUAGAGUCGGUGGUGGAGGUGAAGGCAGUUGGAGCUGUUGACUGCGGUCCAACUGCCAGCGCAGAGUCCACAGCAAAGCCUCCACCGUUCAAAGACCCCACAUUUAUACAUUCUGGGAUCGGUGGAGCAGCAGCAGGUAAAAAGAACAGGACCUGGAAAAAUCUCAAACAGAUUCUGGCUUUGGAGCGGACUUUACCCUGGAAGCUCAAUGAUCCCAACUACUACAGCAUUGAGGCUCCUCCUUCCUUGAAGCCAACCAAAAAAUACUCCGACAUCUCUGGACUCCCUGCAAACUACACAGAUCCCCAGACGAAGCUACGCUUCACAUCCUCUGAGGAGUUCUCCUACAUCCGCCUCCUACCCACUGAUGUUGUUACUGGCUACUUGGCCCUUCGAAAGGCCACUUGCAUCGUUCCCUGACAGCCGAGCAAGGCUUGAAACCUGAAACGGGUUGAAAACAGAACUUUACUUGUGUCCGUGUUGGGCCAGUCAGGAGACUCUGAAAGCACAGGCUGCUCACAGAGAGGACACAGAGUGAACGCUGCCGAAAGGACAACAGCUGGAGCUGACAGGCUGGCCACUGCUUAACAUUUGCACUGCUGUUUUUAAGAAGGCGAUCUGAGUCAUUAGUCAGAGUUACUGUGUGACAAAACAAAUGCAAAACAUGUUAAAUGUUUCAUUUAGAAAAAACAAAAUUGUGAAACAUGUUUGUUGUCAAUAGCUGGAUAUUAUAAUGUCACUCUAUCCGGGAAUAUCCAGUGAACAGGACAAUACUUGUUUUAUUCUUUAAGAGGACCGAAAGUUUUUAUACGUUUAUUCAAAAGUCACCAACAGAAUGUUUUUUUUGCUUAUUUGUUAAAAUACAUUUUUCAGUAUCCUUGAUGAUAUUUUCCCAUUAAGUUUAGUAGCUUGGAGUGGAUUUGCUCCUGCUAAAUCCCUGGGGAACAUACAGUUAUUCUCAAGUACUGACUACAAGCAUUACUGGCUAGGAAGCUGUGCGCCCCCUUGUGGUAGAACAUCUGUCUCCAGUAGUGUAAAUUCAGUUAGGUUGAGGUAGAGAGAAGUUGUAGACAAAAACUGUUCCAAAGCUGUUGGGAAAGGUUUUCAGAUUGUCAGUGAAUUUCUUCUAUAAGGAGCUCAUUAAAUCUAAUUUGAAUACGUUGA